AUGGCUCCCCCCCUUUUACCGAAACCGAGACGUGCCACGCUAGAGCUGCGACCGUCUCAAGAAAAACACACCAGUCAAGAGGAAUCCAGUACUUUACAGCCCAUAAACGGACCUGUGACAUUCAUCAAUCUGAGGACAGUCUCGAGUCGACUCCAUAUUGGAAUGGGAUCUACCUCCGUGUGGACUACUAUCUAUGUUUCCGCUGAUGUCGGUCCCACGCCACCUCUGGGAACCUCACGAGGUGCUCCUCUUGACAUUAUCGUUCUGCUUGAUAGUCUUCGGCGAAAAUCUACCGACCUUCUGGCUGAGAUCACGGUUGGAUCGUCUGUGUUGAUUUCUCACUUAACUCACAACCAUGACAGAAUAGCUCUGGCCUAUGUUGACCAGAAAUCCAAAAGCGGGUUUGAAAUUUUACUCCCCUUGGGUUUCCAUGCAAUAGAGGUAGUUCAAGCAGCGCUUGAGACCUUCUCGAGGCGCCAACUGAGCAGUGCUCAUAUGAUCUCUUCCGACAUUGGAUAUACAUAUAUCAUCGGCAAGGCCAUGGACAUGUUCUUCAUCUCCCCUCGUGCAGCAUUAUGUCAUUUAUUCUUUGUAUCUGCGACACCCUCAGACCGUAUUUCGAUGCCACCGAUCAACUCAGCGAUUGGUUUCCACACCAUCACCCCACAUGCAUGCUUACCAAUGGACAACAUAACAUUUCAAUCUGGAUGGCAUAUCUCUUACACUGUCGGACCUUGUGACACUGGACCCAGGGACAACCAUUUCGUACGCCGGAUCUGCAAGGUUAUUCGACAACUUCGUACUGGUGUCUGCCCUGGUUCUGUGAUCGACUUGAAACUUUCUAUUGCUGCGGCAGAUGGAUGUCAAGUGCAGUCUAUCAUCGAGGAUCGCAGACUUAUUUCGCUCCGACCCGGAGAAACUUGGAGCAUUCCAGUUCUGAUUCAUGUACCGCGGGCAUUUAGCCAACUAUCCCAAACUCAACGAAACUCGCCCUCCUUUCGACACCCUCUAAUCGAAGAAAUGGUGUCUCAGAUCAAUUUUGUGCUGGAUCAAUACUCCUCUGACGACAUCACUCAGCCCCUGCUCACGGCCAAUGUGGAGUAUGAGCAUUCCUUGCUACCAUCAACUAGCAAAAUUUGUGUUGGGAAUACUCUUACAAUCAUUCGGCAAAAUAAUGUGUCUAUGAGCACAUCGAGUUCCUCUAGGGAGCUCAGUCUAGGAAAUCUCUCACAAGGUACUGAUAUGAGCUUCUGCCAGGGUUCCUUUUCCGACAGCUCAUAA